AAAAAAGCAAAAAAAAAGGCUUGCCCUUUCCCUGCGGUUUGACUUCCAUCCGCGCUCCCUCUCGUUUUUUCCUGCCGAGGAAAACAUCUCCACGGCAACCCCAAAGCUCCGCACGCCGGGCAGGAUGAAGCUGCUGGGGGCCGUGCUGGUGUCACUGACCCUGCUCGUGCCCGGGGCCGGGGGCAGCCAGGACACCCUGGCCUGCGUCUUCGAGCCCCUGCGGGACACGGACCAGAAAUUCUGCAGGGGGGAUCUGGAGAUCAUCUACCCCGAGGUGGGGGACGUGAGCUGCUGCUACAUCCCCAAGUGCCAGGGCUACCGCCGGCGCCUCAGCCUGCAGUGGGGCGAGCCCCGCGUGCGCUUCCCCUGGGCCAGGAAGGAUGAGAAAUACGUGCUGGUGAUGGUGGAUCCCGACUCUCCCAGCAGAGCCGAGCCCAGGUUCCAGUUCUGGAGGCACUGGAUGGUCACCGACAUCCUGGGCUCGGAUCUGAGGGUUGGGAAUAUCAAAGGGAAGGUCCUGACAGCUUACAGCCGGCCCAAACCCCCGCGCUACAGCGGCUACCACCGCUACCAGUUCCGCAUCUACGAGCAGCCAGAGCACGAAACCAUCGCCCUGAGCGAGGAGGAGAGGGUCUCGCUGGGCACCUGGGACUUGAAGGAUUUCGUGGAGGUUUUCAGUCUGGGCAACCCUGUGGCCUCGACCCAGUUCCUCACCAAAAACUACGAGGAUUAACUGCAGCAUCCCUCCCUUGUCCUGCACAUCACACCACAGAUCUGCCUCUGUCUGGAGCAGAGGGAGCUCAGGACCCAAGGAGGUUGAACCCACCCUGCUCCCAGCCCAAAGGCACCAACCCUUCCCUUCCCUUCCCUUCCCUUCCCUUCCCUUCCCUUCCCUUCCCUUCCCUUCCCUUCCCUUCCCUUCCCUUCCCUUCCCUUCCCUUCCCUUCCCUUCCCUUCCCUUCCCUUCCCUUCCCUUCCCUUCCCUUCCCUUCCCUUCCCUUCCCUUCCCUUCCCUUCCCUUCCCUUCCCUUCCCUUCCCUUCCCUUCCCUUCCCUUCCCUUCCCUUCCCUUCCCUUCCCUUCCCCAAGCUCUCUCUCCCUCUGGGGAACGUCCCAGGAGUUCUGGCAUCGCCCCUUCUCCUCCCCCAACCCCUUUUCUGACUUGACCCCCUGGAGACUUUGAGUUUGAUGCCUGCAGCUUGUUGAAUAAAAUUUGGCUGGAGCACACGGGGCUCUGUGGUGGGGGACAGCGCCAGGUGAAUUUUGGGAUCUGCAUCCCCUGUGGAGAUGGGAGCAGAGCCCGGUUUGGGUGACCCCAGGAGGGGACAGGGACAGUGACGGCAGCGCAGAAAUCCCUGUGGGAGCUGGGAACCGAGCCCUGCCCUGCCUUUGCCCUCAGCCCGUUCCUCCUGGAAAGCAAAACCGAGAUUAAAG